AUGUCGACAGCGUCGCGCUCUUCUUAUCACCCAAGCCGCCGGAUCGGCAGUGUGCAGAGCGUGCUGGAUGACGAGCGCCGGAGCCGCACAUCAACCAAGCCACGCGCUGCACCUGUCAGCUACGACGACGCAUACUCGUACGCCGUCCGCAUCGCCUUCCUCCGCUACCUCCUUCAGCCCAGGAAAAAGAGAAAGGAAUAUGUCAGCGCACCAAAACCCCCGCCGCGCGUCCACACCUCGAGCGUUACCGAGCUGGUCAAGGAACUCGUCCCUUCGGGCUCGACGUCGGUGAAGCUGCCCUCGGGCUUCCGUCACUCCCUCGAGAAGCGCAUGUCUGGUGUUCUCCAAGGCAUUGAGAAGCUGCCCGGAUUUAGCGAUGCCGCUGUGAAACGCACCUUUGCCGAGGCCUACACGGCCUUCACCGCGAAAGACUUUCAGAAAACUAUCGACAAGGACCGCAAGGUUGAGCCACUGGUUCUAAUCUUCUACUCCUCGGCCGCCAAGGCUCAGGGUCGCGGCAAACCCGCCGACGACCACUCGUGGAAGGUGCUCGUCGACAGGCACCUGGCCAUGUUCAUCAGACUGCUCAGCAGCAUUCUCAGGGAGAAGGGGGAUGUCGAGCUCGUUACUCGCCUCAACACGCUCGAAAAGAAGCUCAUGAGCAACGACCAGAACCUGUAUCUUGACACGGGCCAGGAGGACCACACCUAUGUCGAGGUAGAGAUCCCGUUGAGCUAUGAGGUCAAGGACAUGCACAUGGUGCAGCUCGUUGCCAAGAUCUUUGGCGUCACCAACUCUCAGGUCCAGGCCGACAUCGACCGAAACACGUCCGCCUGGACCGAAGAAGCGGCGCUGAAAGAUUACAAGGCAUACCAGUUCAGGCUCGCAGCUGGCAUGGCGGGAACCUUGCGGAAGCACGAUUUCGACGUGGAUGAAGCAUACGACGAGUGGAAAAAAGGGGAGGCUCCGCACUUGGCCAGGAUUUUUGCUGAAAUUUUGAGCGUCCGCCCAGAUCUCAAGGCGGGAUCUGGCGGAGCCAACGAUAAGCCACUACCAGUUCGGCCUCAUUCCAUGUAUGAGGACCAGGCCUAUGCCGACCUGAGCAGGAUGCUAUCCAGUCCUGAGUCCCCUACGACGAACCUCGAUCCCUCGUUCGGCUUCCAAUCACUUUCCCUAGAUGACACAGCCAGCAUCCGGAGCGUCGACGAACCGAGCUAUACCUUCAUCCCCCCAGAUCCACGCUCCGUCUACAAGGUCAUUCUCCAGUAUGUUGUAUCGUACGAUCAGCUUCACUCGGAUACGUCUGCCUCGCCCUUGUCUGAGGAGACGACGGAAUUCUUGAUAGAACUCGCUGUGCGCUGGCGUAUCCCGCAGUUCUCUCGUCAUGUUGCCUUUGUCGAGGUUACAACCCGCAAAUUCCUUGACCAGGAAUUACCCCCCGCGCAACUCUACGACUGCCUAGACCUCGUAAAACAGCCCCUGGAGGAACCAAAAAAGCCGGUUCUUAUCCAGAUGUACACAUCGAGGCUGAGCGACAUUGACCCCAGCAGGUGGACCAUUGUUGACUUUGCGGGCUAUCAGCAGUCCUUGAGGGACCUGCAUGACGCGUUGUUGCGGGAUCUCUUCGAUCUCCUGAUGCGCUGCUACGAGCCGAAGCCGCCAACUAUCGGCGUGAUUAUGGCCCUUCUCAACAACCACGUCUAUCCGGACCCCGCCUUCUCGCAGCGGCCCAAUGAUGUAGCCGAGUUCUCACAACAGCUCGACAACGGGUUGCGCCAACAGGCCGCCCAGGUGUACAAGAAUUUCCUGGAUACGCACAUCCCGCGCAGCCAGCGAGAUUGGGACUUUGCCAAUGUGGUCAAGCUGGGCAAAGCCGUCGUCGAGCUUGCCGAGAAGAUCAAGAAACGAUACCGCAACAACCCGGAAAUCAUGGGUGUCAGCCCGUUCAAGGCCCUGGUGGAGACGACGCUGCCGAGCUUCGAGGAGGAUUGCCACGAAAUCAUCAAGCGCGUGCUCCAGAUUGCCAAAGAAACAAAUAUCGAUAUGGAACUUCAAGACGGGUUUGACCUGUACAAAGAGCUCGUCGAAAUCAGGAAGAUGCACGUUGAGGCCCUCCCCGGCAAGCCCUUCGCCUUCCACAUCGAAGGCCUUCUUGAAAGCUUUGUCUGGCGAUGGAUCAAGAACGUCGACGACAAGAUGCCGGGCUUCGUCGAGGAGGCCAUCAAGCAGGACCAGUUCAAGGUUCGAACUCGUCAUGAAGGCGACAUACCAACCGACGACGAGCGGCAUAGUGUCUCCAUCAUCGAUAUCUUUACCCUGUUCACUCAGACGAUCGACCAGCUUUUGCAGCUCGAGUGGAAUGACGAAGUCCAUCUGGCGCGCUUCAUGACGGCUCUCGCCAAGUCGUUCGCUGCGGGCAUCGGGCGAUACUGCGAGAUUGUCGAACAGCAGUUUGCUAGGGAGAUGGAUCGGCAAACCGCCGAGGAGGUCGCGGCCGCAUCCAAGACGGCGCAGGAGAGGUGGUUGCAGUACGCCAAGGACGCCUGGAAUACCAAAGAUAAAAUCCAGCCAUUCCAGUUCUACCCUCAGUCCUUCGUAAAGUUCAAUAACAUCGAAUGGGCCAUGCAAGCCUUGGAUAAGCUAGAAAAGCGCAUGAAUGUGGAUGCUUGCGCUGAGCUGCUCAACAAAGUUGAUGGGCCUAAGCAUCCCACGAGGCGGCCAGCACAUUAUGUGUUCACGGUCAAGAUCGUGGAGGGUGAGGAGCUGAAGGCUUGUGAUCCGACGGGCUUCAGUGAUCCCUACGUCGUCCUAUGUGACGAGUACCAGAAGCGCCUUCACAGGACGAGGGUUAUCCCGCGAAACCUCAACCCUCGGUGGGACGAGUCGGUCGAUAUCACGGUUUCUGGGCCGCUCAACAUCAUCGCGACCAUCUGGGAUUACGAUAUGAUCGGCGACCAUGAUUUUGUCGGGCGCACGUCGCUGAAGCUGGAUCCGGUGCAUUUUAGUGACUACCUGCCGAGAGAGUUCUGGCUGGACUUGGAUACCCAGGGGCGGAUCUUGAUUCGAGUGAGCAUGGAGGGCGAGCGUGACGACAUCCAGUUCCACUUCGGGAAGGCGUUCCGGCAUUUGAAGCGGACAGAACGGGACAUGGUGCGCAAGGUCACGAGCAAGCUCUCGAUGCACAUUAACACCUCGCUGUCCCGCGAGGCCCUGCGCAACCUGCUGAGCAAGGGCAUCACAGCGUCGAUGGCCAGCCUCUGGAAGAAGAGGCAGUCGCAGGCGCCCACACUCACCCCAGGGGAGGUGGAGAACGCCCUGCAGCCGCUGUUCACCUACUUUGACGAGAACUUUGCCAUCAUGAAGCAGACACUGACGGACGCAACCAUGAUGGCGGUCAUGACAAGACUGUGGAAGGAGGUGCUGCUGGCCAUUGAGAACCUGCUCGUCCCGCCGCUCUCGGACAAGCCGUCGAUCCAGAAGCCCCUCACGCAGGCGGAAAUGGACGUCGUCUACCGCUGGCUGGAGCUCCUUUUUGCUUUCUUCAACGCCAGAGACGAGUCGGGCGAAGUGCUCGGAGUGCCUGCCGACGUGCUCAAGUCGCCUAAGUGGCACGAGCUGGCGUCACUCAACUUCUUCUACUUUGACUCGACCGAAAACCUCAUCCGCACCUCGGAGCGCAUGGCCGCCGCCAACGCGCAGCGUGCCCAGCAGCAGGCGCAGCAAGUCCAGCAGCAGCAGCAGCUCUCGUCCGCCCGCAACAAUCCCAACCGACUGUCGGCCCCGUCCUCGCUCGGCGUGCCGUCGUUUGGGACGCCGUCGGGCGCGGGCGCCGUCCCGUUCGGCAGCCUGGGCACGAUCCGCCGAGGCAAGAGUAUCAUGAUGAGCCGGAACCUGGGCACAAUGCGGCGGGCCAAGGAGGAGAAGCGCAAGGAGGCGCAGGCGGACCCCAGCGACGACAUGAUCCUCCGGAUCUUGCGGAUGCGGCCCGAGGCGGCGGGUUACCUCAAGGAGAGGCAGCGGCAGAAGGAGCGCAUGGCGGCGGCGCAGGCGGCGGCCAUGAUUGUGCGACAGAGCGUGCACCAGGGGUGGAACGGGCAGGGGCAGCAGGGUCCGGCGUUUGGCGGGGCGCUGUAUGGGCGGGGGGUGGUGAUGCCCCGGCGGUGA